AUGGUCAGCUCCUGUUGUGGCUCUGUCUGCUCUGAGGAGGGCUGUGGCCAAGGCUCCUGCCAGCCCAGCUGCUGCCAGACUACCUGCUGUAGGACCACCUGCUGCCGCCCCAGCUGCUGUGUGUCCAGCUGUUGCAGGCCCAGCUGCUGUGUGUCCAGCUGUUGCAGGCCCAGCUGCUGUGUGUCCAGCUGCUGCAGGCCUUGCUGCAUUUCUAGUUGCUGUAGGCCCUCCUGCUGCUGCCGCCCAAGCUGCUGUGUGUCUAGCUGCUGCAGGCCCCAGUGCUGCACCUCCAGCUGCUGCCGCCCCACCUGUUGCAUUUCUAGCUGCUGCAGGCCUUCCUGCUGCCGCCCCAGCUGCUGCGUGUCCAGCUGUUGCAGGCCCCAGUGCUGCCAGUCUGUGUGCUGCCAGCCCACCUGCUGCCGCCCCAGCUGCUGCCGCCCCUGCUGUGGUAGUUCCAGCUGUUGUGGAUCUAGCUGCUGCCGUCCCACCUGUUGCAUUUCCAGCUGCUGCAGGCCCAGCUGCUGUGUGUCCAGUUGCUGCAGACCCCAGUGCUGCAUCUCCAGCUGCUGCCGCCCCACCUGUUGCCAGACCACCUGCUGCAGGACCACCUGUUGCCGCCCAGCAUGCUCUAGCUGUUCUUGUUGCUGA